AAAAGUUAAAUCUUUUUAUCCUCUCAGAUUCUGAGAAAUCACGAGUUUCGUUUACAAUUUCCAGUCAAAGGAUCAGUGAAAUCAAAUCACUGAAAAGGAAAAAGAGGCGCAGAGAUUGCCAAAGAGCUCCUCCGUCGACUUCAUCGCCUUCUCGUCGGAGCUUCCAACUACCGGAUCGGCACCGGAGAAGAAUUGGAAAAAUGAGCAACGAUGCGAAGAAAAGCAAUAUGAUGGUGAAAUCUGUAUCGGAAGAUCGGAAACCGUCGGCGGUGGCGAAUACCGGCAAGAAAGUCGUCAUAAAGAGUGCCGAUAUGUUCGGAGAUGUGCAGAAGGAGGCCGUCGAUGUCGCCAUAGCUGCAUUUGAAAAGCAUAGUGUAGAGAAGGAUGUAGCGGAGUAUAUUAAGAAAGAGUUCGAUAAGAGGCAUGGACCAACCUGGCAUUGCAUUGUCGGCCGUAAUUUUGGUUCAUACGUGACACACGAGACAAACCACUUUGUUUACUUCUACUUGGAUCAGAAAGCAGUUUUACUAUUCAAAUCAGGUUGAUGAACUCAUGUAUAUUUUGAAUGCAGAUUAAUGAACUUGAUUAACUGAUUAUGAUCAUUGUGAUUUAAUCAAAUGCCUGGUAUCCUUGUGGACAA